AUGGAGAAAGAGGUGGAGUCUUCGUCUGAUCUUGACAAAGCCAAGGAUGAUGAGAUCGAGGAGGUGGUCACAACCUCGAGAGCGGGUUCACGUGAUUCCAAUGCCUCUCAUGGAGAUGUGCCUGCCAGGAAAAUCAUCCGCUUCAAGAACGGCGAUCCGGAUAAUCCAGACAAUUGGCGACAGAUAAAGAAGUUGUAUGCGCUGUUUGUGGCCAUCAUGAGUGUCAUGAACAGCACCAUCGGCUCUUCAUUGCCAGCCGGAGCUACAGGACCCAUCUCGCAACACUUCCAAGAGUACAACGAGUACAAGCUCAUCCUGCCUACUUCCAUGUAUCUCGUGGGCUAUGUUUGCGGGCCCAUGAUCUGGGGCCCAUUAUCAGAGUCCUACGGCCGCAAACUAGUCAUGAUGAUAUCCUUCGCCAUCUUCACAUUGUUCUCUGUCACUUCGGCAGUGUCACCUAACUUUACUGCCCUCGUCAUCUUUCGUCUCCUCGUCGGCAUCGGAGGCAGCUGCGCAAUAAGCGUCGUGGGCGGCAUAUGCGCGGACAUAUACCACGACCCGAAGAGUCGCGGGCGAAGCAUGGCAGGCUUCAUGGCCGCGACGACGUUUGGGCCGAUCCUGGGUCCGCCCAUCUCCGGCUACAUAUCGGUCGUCUCCUGGGCCUGGGGCUUCUGGGUGGGCGCCAUCCUGGCCGGAGUCACGUGGCCGCUGUUCAUCUUCUUGCCCGAGACGUACGGUCCCGUCAUCCUGAAGCACCGCGCGCAGAAGCUGCGCAAAGAGACUGGGGACGAGAGCAUCACCGCACCCAUCGAACUGGAGCAGACGGACUUCAACCACAUUGUCACCGUGAUCCUCACGCGCCCGUUGAGGAUGCUGUGCUUCGAGCCGCUUGUACUGUUCACCUGCCUGUACCUGAGUUACGCAUAUGCAAUCUUUUACAUCUACCUGCAAUCCUACCCUAUAAUCUUUACCGGCAUCUACGGCUUCACGCCUGGCGAACAAGGCCUCACAUUCCUCCCCAUCGGCGUCGGAGCCCUGAUCAGCGCCGCCUUUUAUCUCACAUGGGACUGGUACCUGUCCCGCGCGCAGGCGCUAGACAAGCCGUGGGCGAAGGACGAGGAAAUGGUCCGACUGCCGCUGGCAUGCAUCGCAGGCCCGUUCUUCGUCCUGUCGAGUUUCUGGCUGGGCUGGACGGCCCGGGCCGACGUGCACUGGAUGGUUCCGACGAGCGCGGGCGUGCUGUUUGGCAUGGGCUAUCUGUGCCUGUUCAUGGCGCUGCUCAACUACCUUGUCGACGCGUACGAGGUCUUCGCCGCGAGCGCCAUGGCGGCGGCGUCGCUGUCGCGGAGCUCAUUCGGCGCCGUGCUGCCGUUUGCUGCGCGGCCCAUGUACAGCGCCCUCGGUGUGGCGUGGGCGACUAGCUUGCUGGGGUUUCUGGCCGUCGCGCUGUGCGUCGUGCCGUUUGCGUUUCUCAGGUGGGGCGGCAGGAUGAGGGAGAGGAGUCCGUUCUGUCAGUACUUGAGGCGGAAGAAAGAGGAGGAGGCGGCGGCGUUGCGGGAAGAGAGGGAAGGCGAGGAAGAAGCAGACCUACGCGUGGCCCCGAAUGAGGUGAAGGGGAAGGAGGAGGUGUGA